CUUCCUGCAAGUCUCCGACAGCUACCUUCAAUAAAGCUUCACUUGUACGGCGCACACAGCGUUCCGUGCGGCGCUAUUAGGCUGAAGAGCUGCGAACGGCCCGCACGGCACAAACCUCUGCGUAGGUCGGAGGGAGGAGUAGGAGCGGGAAAACUGAAGCCGACGUCGGUCCAGCGCAAGUCAAGCGAGCAACGCAAGAGAAGAAGAGGGACCAUGGCCCAGAAGCUGCUGGUAAUUGACACCGAUUGCGGCAUUGAUGAUGCCCAGGCCAUCAUGAUGGCCCUGGCAGCCCGUGAGGUGCGCAUCCUGGGCAUCACCUGCUGUUUCGGAAACACGUCUGUAGAGAAUGUGUGCCGGAACACGCUGCGGGUGCUCUCAGUGUGCGACAGAACUGAGAUCCCUGUCUUCCAGGGUGCUUCUUCCUGUCUGGUGAAGACCCCUAACUGUCCCAUUGACCAUUUUGGGAGUGAUGGACUUGGGGAUGUGCUGGAAGAUGAAGACCCAGACUUGUGGAAGUCUCAAGUCCAGACUGAACAUGCAGUCAACGCCUUGAUCCGCUUGGUAUCCAAAAAUCAGGGAAAGGUUUCCCUUGUGGCACUGGGGCCUCUCACCAACCUGGCACUGGCUGUGAAACUGGACCCAGAGUUCCCGAAAAAGCUGAAGAACCUUUACAUCAUGGGAGGCAAUAUGGAAGGAAAAGGAAACAAGACUGUGUGUGGCGAGUUCAACUUCAUCAUGGAUCCAGAAUCUGCUUACAUUGUACUGGAGGAAUUCAUUUGUCCCACUUACAUUGCAUCGUGGGAGUUUACAUGCAGGAAUAAACUUCCAUGGGACUUCUUUGAUGCACUGAUCAACCAGGAUACUCCAGCUGCCCGCUUCAUGAGGAAGAUCACAUCCAAAUGCUCGAUCUUCUCACCCACGACAGUCACACGGAAGGAUGUGCUCUUUGGGCCUGGUUUUGUAAGCUAUGACUCAUAUGCCAUGGCAGCAGCCAUUGAUUUUAGCAUUGUGAAGGAGUAUAUAGAGUGCCCAGUCCAUGUGGAGCUGCAGGGGGUGCUGGGUCGGGGCAUGAUGGCUCUGGAUGAUGGCAAGUUUCUCCCCAAGAAGCAUAAUGUGGUUGUUUUUAAGGCGUGUGACUUAAUCAAGUUCCGCAAGCUGCUCACUAAAUCCUUACAACUACCCCAGACACAGUAAGAGAAACUGCUGUACAACAAGCCAAUUUUCUGGUGAAAAAUAAAUGAUCAAACUUCAAA